UCUGCUUUCGCGCCUUCGAAGCGACCGUUCCAAACUUUGCUGUUAGCACGCGAUCUGAGAUUCCAAAGAUGUUGAGCAAGAACCUAGCCGUGGUCGCUGUCGCCGUACUCCUGGCUCUGGUCUGCAUGGCAGAAGCCCGCGAGGAAGGACCGAACAACGUGGCCGAAGCUCUGCGUAUCCUGCAGCUUCUCGACAACUACUAUACCCAGGCUGCUAGACCGAGGAUUGACCGUCGUGACGUCGAUGCGGCCGGGGACCGUGUCGAUCCGGAAUUGUUAGACCGCGCCGUCCGACUCCUCUGGCUGGAGAAGUUAGACCGCAUUUACUCCUACCACACCCGACCAAGGUUCGGAAAGCGCUCGGACACAUACACGAAUUGGGCUAAAGAUGUUGAGAAGCCGGACCUGCCUACCUGGUUGACCUACGCUCGGAGGAGAUGAGGAGAGCGAACAAAACGGGGCCCAAACAAAAAUGUCAUUAAUUAAAUGUUCUCGAUCAGUAUUGCCAGUUUAAAAUAAUAAUUGUACCGGUGUCGUCAUAAAUGUACUUAGUUUCAAGAUGUUAAUCAAAAUUAU